AUGGAAGACGAAAAAAGUGUUGUUGUUAUGUUUAUUGGCGAUACAGGAUCAGGAAAAAGCUCUAUAGGUAACAUGUACUUAAAGGAAAAUGUAUUCGAGACAAGUGAUAAACCGCAUGCAUGUACCUUAGUUCCCAAACAGUCAUCAAAGAUUAUAAAUGGUACAGAGAGAAUUGUGAUUGAUACAGAAGGCUUCGACGAUGGUGACCAUAUUACAGAAGAACAAAUUGAAAGGCUUGCGCAAUAUCUUAAAAACUUACAAACUGGUAUCAAUGCUAUUGGAAUUGUCAUCCAAGCACCGUUGAUGAGAUUAACAAAAGGAGUAAAAGAUGUUGUCAAGUUCAUUUAUGAUGCCUUUGGAGAUGUGAUCCUUUCUCAUCUUUGUGUAAUUUGGACAUUUAGUAGUUCAACAUAUCCAGAUAGACAAACUAGAGAUAAUGAAUACAGACCAUUGUUAGCAAAGUAUUUACAAGAAAUUUCAGGUGCCAAAGAAACUCCUAACAUUCCAUUUUAUUAUGUAAAUUGCCAUAAGCCAGAUAAAGAAUUUUGCGUUCAAAGUAUGACUCAAUUUCAUGGUUGGGCUGUCAGUCGAAAGAAAUUUAGUUCAGCUGAUAUUAAAGAAGCAACAUAUGGAUACACAGCAGAAGAAGAAAAAGAGGAAAGAGUUCGGGUUGAUAUUAUUACUGAAGGCAAUGUUACAUAUGAUAAGUACAUUGAUAGUAUCAGACUCAAAUGUAUAUCCAAUACUAAUAAAAAAGAUAUUCGCUAUUCAGAUUGGGAAACAAUCAAGGAAUACAAAGAAAAGAUAGUGGAAGUGCAUGAAGAAAAUCAAAACAAUGUUUUGGUUGGAUAUACAUACGAGAAUGGCAAUAAAUAUGAAAUCAGGCACGAUUUAGUAAGGGAAGUUACAUUCUUCUUUAAGACUAAUGAGAAGAAAGAAGGAAACUGGACAAUUGCCAGAGAAAAUAAAGUUCUUGUUGGAGAGACAAAGACUCAUGAAGAAGUUAUAGAAAAAGAGUCGACAGAACCAGCAGAAGGAGGAUACAAUCGUAUUAAAGCCUCUUUCAAGCGAAUGAUUAAAAUUAAUCCUGAUGGAGAAGCAAGUUUUGGAGAAUUUCAAGAAAUCCCAGGAACCCGAAUUUCAAAUUUUGUGAAAAAUAAGCCAGUUGUGAUAAAAGAAUUAGAAAAACCUAGCAUAUUUGAAAAAUUGCUGUUAACAGUGGCAACUAUAGGUAGUAUUUUUUUAGGUAAACUUAUUCCUCCAAAACCAUAA